AUGAAAUCAGAUCACAUUGAAGCGUUGAAGCGCAAACUCGACGAAUGUGCCAGAGUGUUGGAUUCUACAAUCCUGGUCCAUUUAAGCCAGAACCUGGGAACUCUGGCAGCGCAGCAGACAAAUGUCCUGGAUCAACUAAACGACUGGCAGCGGAAGAUCUACUCGGAGAUUGUCGCCGGCAAUACUAGGAUUGACAGCCUCAUCAAGACGACCGCUGAAGACGUCAAAGCUCACACAAUGCUAGAACACAAUAUCACGCGGCGCGCCACAUCGACAGAAAAUUCGACGAUUUUGUCGAUGCCAGGACAGCUCAGGCAAACUUUGAUAGCUUCAUGGAAACGGCAGGACACCAUCGACGACGCACACAGGAAAACCUUUGAAUGGAUUUUCGACAGUACUGCACAUACCAAAUGCCCAUGGGACAAUUUUAUGUUGUGGACACAAGACGACAAUCCAAUCUACUGGAUCUUGGGAAAAGCCGGAUCGGGCAAGAGUACUCUGAUGAACUUUGUGGUCCAGGAUGAGCGAACACGAGAAGCGUUUAAACGGGUCGACCUCCAGAAGAAUCAAGUUGGGCUUCUACGUUCUAUAAUCUGGCAAAUUCUCAAGUUAGUGGAUGUUUCCACCUCGGUCCAAAUCUGGUCGACCAUGUUGCAGAAGAUCUCACCACCUUUACCUACUGUCUGGACCCAAAAGCAGCUGCGGCGGAUUCUCCAGUCGCUGGUCCAAAUGAUAUGCGAUCCUAUCUGCCUCUUCCUUGGCGGCCUUGACGAAUUUCAGGGCGUGGAGGAUCACUUCGAAGCCAUAGGAGAUAUUAUUGGGGUUUUCCGAGACCGUCAGAAGACGAAAAUAUGCAUCGCAAGUCGACCAUCUGCAUGUCUCGAUUCUCUUUACAAGACCUCUCCACAUUUGAGACUUCAGGAUCUUACCAUGUCUGACAUUACUCGGUACGUCGAAGACAAACUCACCAGGACCCUAUCAUCGGACAGCUAUCGAUGGCUCGCAACGUCUGCCUCGAUGGAGAUGCAUGAAUUGAUUAGGGAAGUUGUGCUCAGGGCACAAGGAGUUUUUUUUUGGGUCCGCCUGACUGUCGAAUCACUAGUUCGAGGCAUUCAGAAAGAUGACGACUGGCGGAUUUUGGCCAGGCGCCUUGAACAAAUGCCGCAAGGGAUUUUUCAUCUUUAUGAACACAUGUGGAAGCGUAUGGAAGCCGACCAUCCUUUGUACGCAAGGGAAGCUGCAGCAUAUCUACAAUACGUCCAGGAACGCCCUUUUUGCUCCCUGAUCGAGUUGACGAUGGCCUGUGACGAAAGUUUACAGGAAUCGUAUUUAGACAAAUUAGCAACGUGCGAUUUGAGAACCUUGGGACAGGAAUUGAAUGCUGAAACAUCUAAAAAAAGGAUCCUCACACGCUGCGCGGGCUUUCUCGAAAUACAUGGGUCGAUCGAUGAGAAUGAGAAGGAUCGAAGUCUUUUGGUUCGCCUUUGGGGGGUGGAAGAUGGAGACACCGACCUCAUCCACUAUCCAGAGACCAUGAAAAGACUCGUUGAGAUCAACAAGAGUCACCGAAGGCUGUAUGUGUCGUUUCUGCACCGGACUGCCCGAGAAUAUCUCGAGACGGAAUCCGGCAAGAAAUUACUCCAAGCUCAACCUCCCAUGCACCACGAGCUUGUCAUGAUGCGAUACAAGUCUACGCUUGUUACGAUCUUAUUGGGCGCCAUAUGGGUAAAUCGACAUACUGUAAAUCCGAAUCAAAAGUCGUUCAUCGAUCCGGCCGACGGGGAUACGACUGGGUACAGCACUAUCUGGACCUACAGUGUCCUGAACAUGUCCCCUGAAUCACUAGAACGUACGACCCGCGCUUUUAUCGAGGCUGGAGCUGACCUCAACACCUGGAUUCAAUUACCAUUAUACUCAGCAGGGAAAUAUCAUCCCGUUUGGGACCGCCUCCGAAGGAUAAGGGACUAUGACCAAUCAUUCGUUCUGCUCCGUAUCAAAGCCCGCGAUAUCCUCUUAUAUAAAAACGUCUUUUUGGAGGCUGAUCUCUUACACAAGGCUGGGUCGGCCACCGUUGGACCAUUCUUGGUGAUCUUUGAGCCGCCAAAUGCAUGGCGUACCGUGGCCUUGGAUCCCUCUGUUAAAACGGUGCAAGACAAAUUCAUGAGAGGUUUCUGGCAGGAUCAACCGAUGCAGGACGCUACGAACUGA